AUGUUGCCUCUGAGAAAGACGACAGACCAAUAUGGAGUCUUACCGCCACCAGCAGUCCCACCGCCAAACGCAACCAUCACAUCGGACAGCAGGACUACGAACGAAGCCUGCAUUGCACGUUUGCAACAGCUCCAGUUGCAACCCUUCCCAAAGAUAUACCCAACAACAAAGCUUCCUGGGAAUAGAGGGAGUAGCGUUGAUAUCCAAACCAAUGUAUUUGGAAUCGAAAUUCAGAAAAGAUCCGAUAUAUUUCAAUACAGUGUUUCCAUCAAGACUGAUUUAACGUCUAGUAAAGAAGUCGUCUUCACCAAAAAGGGAAAAGAAGAUUUUGUCGUCAGAGAACGGCAUGAAAAAUGUUGUUCAAUUCUAAUGCAUGCAUUCGACCGUUAUUCGGAAUUUUUUCGCACCAACGAAAACACUCUGAUAUAUGAUGGUCAAAGCAUGAUGUACUCCACGUUCGAUCUCUUCCAAGAGUCAUCUGAUGGGGAAACAAAGACAAAGCUACUUCCGAUCAAUGGUAACGAUACGAACCACGAAGACCUCAAAAGCUUGCCUUAUAUCAAGCUUGAAGUUCACGCUACUAAAAAUCCGCCUGUUAAGUUUUCCCAGGAAGACAUUGGACGACGUUCCUCUGAUUCGAGGAUUGACUCUAUUCAUGGCGCUUACCAUCAUAUUUUGGAACUAGCUCUCAACCAAUCUUGCAUCCGAGAUUUCACGAGAUGUAUGGUUUUCGAAAACGGUAAAAUUUUCUUCGUCAAUCCAUUAAAAGAGGGCUUCUCUCGAGAUGACUUUGUCGAUGUUGGUGAUGGAAAGCAAAUGAUGCCUGGAAUCAAAAAGACUGUUCAGUUUAUUGAAGGACCUUACGGAAGAGGACAAAGCAAUCCAUCAGUCGUUAUCGAUGGAAUGAAAGUUGCGUUUCAUAAAGAGCAGCCUUUGAACGAAAAAAUUCGAGAAAUCAUCUCCAAAAAUUUUACUGAUUGCAUCAGCGACUUUGAGAGAGAACGUUGUGUGGCGGUCAUUAAAGGUCUAGAUUGCUAUACUACCCAUGCUAAGCGUGUCCGUCAUCUCACAAUCGAAGGAAUCCAUCACGAGGGCGCCAGAAAAUCCCGUUUUCAACUUAAAGAUGGUGGAGCAUCUACUGUAGCUGAAUAUUUCAGAGAUCAUUAUAAAAUCGAGCUUAGGUAUCCGAAUGCCAAUCUCGUUGUUUGUAAAGAACGAGGAAAUCUGAAUUUCUAUCCGAUGGAGCUGGUUUUUAUAUCACCAAAUCAGCGUGUCAAAAUUUCUCAGCAAACCAGUGCACAGAGUCAGAAAACAACAAAGGAAAGCGCAGUUUUGCCUGAUGUUCGCCAGCGAAUUAUCAUGACAGGAAAAAUUGCUGCUAAAAUUUCAUCAGAUAGCAAAUAUCUUAACGAAUUUGGACUUUCCGUCUGCGACGAGCCGCUCAUGGUCACUGGUCGUAUUCUUCCCCCGGUAAAACUAGAGGGUCGUACAUCUUCCAAUAUGCUUCCUAUCAAAGACAAUAAAUGGCGUCUCGGCCAAUAUGCACGACCGGCCCAAGCUCCAAAAGUGUGGGCAAUGUAUGCUGUUGGAUUGCCAUCAAGCCGUUUUACUCCCGCUUUGCUAAGCAAGUUUGGGGAUGAAUUUUCUGCCAUGUGUAGAUCAAAAGGAAUUGAGAUGCCAGCACUGGGUGAUAUUGAUCUUGUCUUAGCCCAAGAUAUUGAAAAGAAGCUAUCAAUCGCAGCUGAUGCGGGUUGCACUUUUGUGUAUAUCAUAACAGAUGAUGCGAUCACUAAUCUUCAUCACAUGAAAAUGUCAAAAGCUCAUGCCGUCGUCAGUCAAGGAAAAAAACUUACUUUAGAGAACAUAGUCAACAAGACGAAUAUGAAGCUUGGUGGUAACAACUAUAUUUUUACGGAUAGUAAAAAAUACCUCGAUGAUAUUCUAGUUAUCGGUGUUGGUAUCUCUCAGCCACCACCAGGCAAUAAAUUCAUCUUAGAAGGAAAAGGUUUGCUGAACCCGAUGGUCAUUGGUUUCGCUCACAAUGGGAAGGAAAAACAAGAAUUUUCCGGUGACUUUGUUCUGAGCCCUGCUGGACAAGAUACUCUGGUUGUUGUCGAAGAAGUGCUCAAACAAUCCAUUUCAGGAUAUCAGAAGUGGCACGACGGACAAUGUCCAAAGCGUAUUAUCAUGUACAGAAGUGGUGUCAGUGAAGGAAGUCAAGGGAAUGUCAUAGCAUAUGAACUUCCUCUUAUCCGAUCUACUAUUGAUUCGUUCUCGAAGAAAAUCCAGUUUGUUUACAUCGCUGUGUCAAAAGAUCAUAGUUACCGUUUCUUCAAGAGCAACUUGAACACUCUAACAAAGAGCAACACUGCGAUUUCGAAAGGACAACAAUCAUCUGUAACUGGAAGCAGAAGUGCUAUGCCCGCCGCUGGGGCUCCAAAAGCAUGGGAUCUAAACAUUGCUCCUGGAAUUAUUGUUGACAGCGUUAUUACCAAUCCAGCCUGCUCACAGUUUUUCCUAAACUCGCAUAUUACUCUACAGGGUUCCGCGAAGACCCCGCUCUAUACAGUUUUAUCGGAUGACACCCAUGCAUCAAUGGCUAGUUUGGAAGAGCUCACCUACAAUUUAUGUCAUCUUCAUCAAAUUGUUGGUCUUCCAACUUCUCUCCCAACGCCAUUGUAUGUCGCCAACGAAUACGCAAAAAGAGGAAGAAACUUGUGGAACGAAGCGUACUCAAGAAAUCCGGUACCUCGAGGAACUGGCUCGGAAAGCGAACUCCUUCAAGAAUUGUCCAAUGCCAUUAACUACAAGGCUUUUGGAAGUUUCCUUGAUCGGCGUGUAAACGCCUAA